AUUAUUAUUAUUAUUAUUAUUACUGUCACUAGCCGAAAGGCAUAACAAUAAUUCGUCAAGUGUACAACAACCAAUAAUCAAUAAACUAUUCUUGUUAUUUCCCCAUAAAAUUUAUUUUAAUAUUAUUCGACAUACAAUAAUAGUUUAGAUAAAGAAAUCAGAGAAAAAAAUAUGCGUAAUGGUCAAGGAAAAGAAGUUGCAUCAACAAGUGUAAUGAUUAAAAAAUAUGUGAAAUUAGAUCCAGAUGAUGACUUCAGUUCACAAACAUUAAUUAAACGACAUGGUGAACAACUAAAAAAUAAACAUAAAUCUUCAAAAUGGUGUCGAUUACAUAUAACAAAUGAUGAAUUAUGGUUAUCUGGUGCUUAUUGGUGGCCUAAUUCCAUAUUGAAUGGUAUUCAUUUAAGUGAAAUCAAUUGUUUAGUAAAAUUUUAUUCAACACCUAAUCUAUUAGCUUUGGGUAUAGCUUCACGUUUAUAUGAAUCUGAAAAACAAUAUGUUAUACUCUGUACAAAAAGUGGUUCAGAUCGUGAACAAUUAGUGAAAACUUUAACUACACUUUGUGGAAAUCGAUAUACACAAUCAGAAAGAAGUUUUAAUGUUCCAAUUGUUGGACCUACUGUUAACAUAGUUGAAAUUUCAUUAUCACCCGAUUUAAAAAAGCCAGUUCCUGUAGGAAAAUCAAUAGAAAUUAAUCAUGAGCCUAGUAUACAACCAGUAUCAUGUAAUAAUCCUGAAACAUAUAUAAAAGAAACGACAAUCAAAAUUGAAAGACAUCCUUCACCUAAUCAUAUAUCAACAGCACCGAUUUCACCUGAACAUAUAACUACUAAUGUGACUGUUCCUGCUAAUAAUACUACUGCUACUACUUGUACUACUAUUGAUAAUAAUUACAAUGAUGCUGUCAAUAACUAUGAUGUUCACCAUAAUGACUGUGAUACUAUCAAUGCACCAUGUACCAUAUCACCAUCACAAAAACCAUGUCGAGAAAUUCAAUGGAUUUCAAAUGAUAACAUAGGACCAUAUCGUUUGAAACGUUUUAUGGCACCUUAUUGUGAAGGAUUAGAGUCUGGUUUAAAUCCGAAAGAUUUAAUACAUGUUUAUUAUGAUCCAAAACAAGGGAAUGUUAUUUCACCAGAUGGACCAAUUUAUUUAUAUUGUGUCAAUUGUCCUACUGAAUGAAAAACAAACGAAUUAUUUCAAAAUGAAGACAAUCUAUGAUUAUUUUUACCAUCACUAUUACUACUACUGAUCACUACUUUCUAUUAGUCAUUGUAAUGACACCAAUUAGAGAUCGACACUUAUUCCAAAUGUAGACGAAAAUCAUUAUUCAAACAAACUAUCAAAGCCUUUUGUUCCCAAUGGGAAUUUGUUUAUUUUUUUUACAAACAGAAUGUAAUAUUUGCCUGUUUACCUCAUUAUGUAAUUAUAUUAUUUUAAAAAUAGCAACAUCCUUAGAGAACACUAACCAAGAGAAACCAUGACUAAUAUUAGUAAAACUAGAAGUUAGAGUGGGGGUGAAAUUUAUCUAUUAUUUUAAUGAAAAAAGUGUUAUAAAUAAAGAGUCUGUUACAUUUUAUUUCUACAAAUGUAAACUGGUUGCUGUGAUUACAAUUUACAGUUUUUACAUUCAUUAUUUAUAAUAAAGAGUAUUAAACAGCUUUGUAAUAAUA